AGAUAUCGGGAACAUGCCCCCAAGACUUCAAAGAUUUUUUCUGCGCUUAUUAAUAUACGACUAUGUUCUACAGUUUGUUCCAGGCAAAGAAUUGGUCCUUGCUGACAUGCUCUCAAGGGCCACACCGUCAGAGCGUGAAGACACAGUGGAUUUUGGCGACAUUCAAGUACACGCAGUGGCCGUUUUGUCAUCUUUAGUGAGUGAAAGAACGAAACAGCUUUUGUCUCGGGAAACAUCUAACGACCCGGAGCUACGUGCGGUAGUAGAAAGCUUGUCGUUAAACAAAGACUUCGAAGGAACACUCAAGCCGUUCGCCUCUGAACUUUCAGUUGUCGACGGAAUUCUUCUGAAGGGCUGUAAAGUAGUUAUACCAAAGAAACUGCGUCCAGAAACCCUAAGCCGCAUUCACGAGGGCCAUCUUGGUUUAAAUAAGUGCAAAGCUAGGGCACGGCGUUUAGUAUUUUGGCCUGGUUUGAACUCUGACAUUGCUGACGUUGUACGGAAUUGUGCUGUCUGUAAAACCUAUGCGUACAAACAACCUGACGAGCCCCUCUUGCUACGAACCCCUCCUGAUCACCCUUGGUACCGAGUGGGCGUAGAUCUUUUUUGUUAUGCUGGAGCCACGUACCUUGCUGUUUUUGAUGCCUAUUCAAAUUUUCCAGAAGUUGAAAAACUCGAGGAGACAUCGGCAACUGCGGUUAUCGACAAGCUGGCAGCCAUCUUUGCAAGGUAUGGAAUACCGAUGGAAGUCUGCACAGACAACGGCCCCCAGUUCGCAAGUCACCAAUUCGCCACGUUCUCCAGACGGAUGGCCGGUCGCCGGCGGAACUUCUGCAGGGCAGGCCUCUACGCACUAGGAUCCCCGACUUCAACCUGCAGCCCAAGAGUCCUGUAAAAAAGCGCCAGCAGACGUCGUCUGGACGACCGCUGAGACCACUCCUACCGGGAG